AUUAUGAAACAGUAGAGUUAAUGAAUAUAAAAAAUUUGCCUCUAGUUCAAAUUAGAAAUCAUCGUGUUUCACAUACUUUAAAUUCAAGUUGCUCACAUUGGGACUGUUUUAACAUUUAUCGUUGUGGGCGGACAGGACAUGACCGAAUAGCUGUCUAUAUUUAUCCUUUAAAGAAAUACGUCGAUGCUAACAAUGUUCCACUUACGGAGACAAUUUCUAGAGAAUUUUAUAUGAUAUUGGAAAGCAUACUAAAGUCGAAAUAUUAUACUGCAAACCCUUAUGAAGCAUGCCUGUUUGUCCCGUCCCUAGACAUGCUAAAUCAAGAAAGAUUACAGCUGAAUCUCACUUCUAGCGUUCUUAGUUCUUUACCUUAUUGGAGUAAUGGCCAGAAUCAUCUUAUAUUUAAUAUGCUUUCUGGUUCAGCCCCAUUUUACUCCUCAAUGUUGGAAGCUAAUAUUGGUGAAGCAUUGAUUGCUGGGGCAGAUUUUAAUACCUAUUCAUAUAGAGUUAGUUAUGACAUUCCUAUCCCUAUGUACAGCUCAUUUGCUCAUAAAGCAGAAGUUAAAAAAAUACACAAUCGUAGACCAUGGCUUGUAACUUCAUCACAAAUUAGUAUCGAUUCUUAUUUCUUGGAUGAGUUACAGGAAUUGCAGACCCAAUAUGCAGAUCUUUUAAUAUUGGACUCUUGUCAGUCCAAUAACUAUAGUAAAAGAUGUGAAGUAGAAACACAACAACUAUUUCUUUAUCCAGAUAUUCUACAAAAAAGUAUUUUCUGCACUGUAUUUCGUGGAGAACGAAUGGCACAGUUGGUGCUGUUAGAGGCUAUGGCAGCCAAUUGUAUACCAAUAAUAAUUAUGGACGGUCAUGUAAUGCCCUUCAGCAACAUUUUAGAUUGGCAAAGGGCUGCUAUUUUCAUAAUGGAAGAUUACCUUCAUACUCUUAUGGAUGUUGUAAAACAAAUAUCACAAGAUCGCAUUCAAGAAAUGCAAAAGCAAGUAAAGUUUUUGUAUGAUAGUUACUUUUCUAGUAUCAAUUCUAUAGUAACAGUUACACUUGAUAUCAUUCAAGAUAGAGUUUAUCCCCAAUGGGGAAAGAAUUAUGACGAUUGGAAUUUGAGACCCGAAGAGAGACAAAAAAAUCCGUUAUUUUUGCCCAUUACAGCCUCCAGAUCUCAGGGUUUUACUGCACUAAUCUUAACAUAUGACAGGGUUGAAAGUCUUUUCAAUUUGGUCAGAAAUUUGGCCAAAGUCCCGAGUUUAUCAAAAGUAUUAGUUGUUUGGAAUAAUCAGAAAAAGUCUCCACCACUAGCGUCGAGUUUUCCAAAAAUCUCCAAGCCAAUCAAAGUGAUUCAAACGAAGGCAAAUAAACUGUCCAAUCGUUUUUAUCCUUACGAGGAGAUCCAAACGGAAGCCAUUUUAUCAAUAGAUGAUGAUAUCAUCAUGCUGACUUCUGAUGAGCUUGAAUUUGGAUUCGAAGUGUGGAGGGAAUUUCCGGAUAGGAUAGUGGGAUUUCCUUCACGGACUCACAUCUGGGACAAUGCGACUUUGUCCUGGAAAUAUGAGUCGGAAUGGACCAAUGAAAUAUCGAUGGUACUGACUGGGGCCGCAUUUUAUCAUAAAUAUUACAAUUAUCUCUACACCACAUCUAUGCCAUCAGAGAUUAAAGAUUGGGUUGACGAAAAAAUGAAUUGUGAAGAUAUUGCUAUGAAUUUUUUGGUUUCUAAUGUCACAAAGAAACCUCCUAUAAAGGUAAAAGUUCACUGUU